AUGGCCUGUACUGGAUGGAGAAUUGCCCCAGAGUCGACAUGGAGGAUGAAGCUCAUGGAGGACGAAGCCGCUCGCGAUGUAUUUGCACGCACGUGGGGAUUCCACAUCACUGCUAUUAACCCUGAGCCGAGUAGGACUGUGCCUCAGGGCGAGGGUAAUCCCCUGAGCGUGGAUCCGCUGAGCGUGGAGAUGACGUUCCUGCGGCUCUCACAAAUUGUGAACCGCUGCCAGCGCCACAAGUGCAACACCACGUACUGCUUGCGGGCGAGGAAGAGAACCGGCGACCUAGCGAGAGAUAUGGAAGGGGCUGCUGUCGAUAUUGAGGCGGCCAAUGCGGCCAAUCGAGAGAAGGAGUGCCGUUUUAAUUUUCCCCGUGCUCUGCGGGAGCUGGCAGCAGUUAUCAGGAAGGAAGGCAAGUCAUACUACGUUUUCGAGGCGGCACGGAAUGACAACCUCAUGAACCACUUCAAUCCCGCCAUUAUCCUAGGCUGGCUAGCCAAUAUCGACAUAUCUCCUUGCACCAGCUUACAGGCGGUAAUCACGUAUGCUGCGAAGUAUUGCAGCAAAUCCGAAAAGAAGACAGAGCCUUACUGUAAGCUUGCGGACCAGGUUUUGCCGCACACCGCGCACCUUCAGCCCCUGUUGUCCUUCUCCUCUCGUCUGAUGAAUAAGCUGAUUGCCGAGAGGGAUUACUCGGCGCAGGAGAUUUCCCAUCUCUUGCUUAAUCUUUCUCUGCAGGAAGGCACGCGGAUGGUGGUCUCCGUGGACUGCCGUCCAUUGGAGCAACAUGCGCGGACGUAUCGCGUCGGCGAGGAUAUCAAUGAGACCAUCGGCAACUACAGGAAGUAUCUCGAGAGAAAUGAGCAAUAUGGGGGUGUAACCUACCUCGAGUACCUGCAAUCGUACAACCUCAAGACGUGGAGGAGACUUGCUGCUCAGGCGAAGAAGAGGGUCCUGUCUUACUUCCCUCGAUACAGGUCCACAGAGACCUCUACCCAGUUUAACGACUUCUGCCGUGUUAAAUUGAUGAUGGCUCAUCCACAUCGCUCUCCAGAGGAGUUGUACGUAGCAAAACUAGAUGAUGAAGAGGUCGCCAGGUUCGCCAACGCCUUACGAGUAUACGCGACUAAGGAUAGGGUGAACGAAUAUAAUCACUACCACCUCGACCGCCUCGGCCGGCCAGUCAUCCAGGUCAAAGCUAAGAAUGUUGGCCCCAGCGCGGCUGCUGCUCCUGACGACAAGGCGGGCAACCUUGCGAAGCAGAUCCCCAUAUGCAUUGGCGCCUGUCUGAUGCUGACGUCCAACCUUUGGCAGCCAGUUGGCCUCUGCAACGGCGCCCGUGGUACCGUUUACGACAUCGGCUGGGCACCUGGAACUGACCCCGUCCAAGACCCUCCUUGUGUUAUCAUGAUGGAGUUUGACAAGUACAGUGGACCGGUGUUCUUGACCACCGCUGAUGGCCGGAAGAUUGUCCCGAUACUCCCAGUACAGAGGGACUUCCUCAUCGGAGCCACUCGUUGCACUCGCACCCAGUUUCCCCUGAUUAUAUGUUACGCUAUUACCGUUCACAAGUCGCAAAGCAUUACUGAAGACGUGAUCGUUACGGACCUCUCCUGCCGGGACUUUCAGACUGGUCUCAGCUACGUAGCUGUCUCUCGUGUGAAAACGCUCCAGGGCCUGAUGUUGGAUGCGCCAUUUGAUCGUAGUCGCCUGUUUUAUGAGUCUCCCCCGGAUGGUAUGAAGAUGAAGAUGAGGGAUCAGCGUCAUAGGAGACAACAGGUUCUUACACGGAAUCCCUACAAGAUAGACUAG